AUGGGUGUCUCGGAAAGCGACAUCAAAAACAACGAGGGCUUCCUGCGUGAUCUGCUCGGUAUGCGGGAGCGCGAGCAUACCACUGCGAGUGCCAGCACGGAGAAGGAGGGCCUUGCGCCGCCUGUCACGAGCGUCGUGCCCAUGCGUAAUGCUCCACCGCCAGUCCCCUCCAGCGUUCCACCGUCGGGGCCCUCGGCUUUGCCCCCUGUGGCUCCACGCCCGGCUACCGCCGCUGCGCCGCCGCCGCCACCAGCGCGUCCUGGAACUGGUGCGCGUGCUCCGCCACCUGUGCCUCCGCCGCCGCCCAGCAGCGGAGGAGGCCGAGCCCCGCCACCUGUGCCUUCUCGGACUGGCGUCGCCAGCCGCGGCCCACCGCCUCCGCCGCCUGCUCGCCCUGGACUAUCCACGACGGGUGGUGGUAUCGGAGCGCCUCCGCCACCUCCGCCACCACCUCCAGCGCCUGCGAUGGGGGCGGGUGGUCCGCCGCCUCCGCCGCCGCCGCCUCCCAUGCCCGCGAUGGGUGGUGGCCCGCCGCCGCCGCCGCCGCCGCCAGCGGCGCCGGCCGCUGCCGCGCCCUCCGCGCUUAAUGGCAUGCCUGCGCCACAGCCGGGCCGAGAUGCAUUGCUGGCCAGCAUUCAGGGAAAGAGUGUCAAGGACCUAAAGAAAACAGACCCGAAUGGGCCUCCGCCCAGGUCUGCUACCAGUGCACCAGCGGGCAGCGUAGCAGAUGCACCAGCGGAAUCUACGGGUGGCGCCGGCGGUGGCGACCUUGCCAGUGCUUUGGCUAGUGCCUUGAGCAAACGCAAAGGCAAUAUGGGGGGCUCAGAUGACGAAGAAAGCGACGAUGAUUGGUAG